UUCACAAGAACAAGCACCCAAAACUUCCUUCAAAAGACUUUUUCAGCCGAGAGUUUCUCUCGUCUAUAGAUUCUACGUUUUCCCUUCUACAGAUGCUUUCCUCCAUCUGUGUCCACCUUUCCUCAAAGUCCUACCCAAAAGUACCCUAGCGGCUUCCAAGUUCUAAACUCUUGCUCGGAUUUUCCUCAUCCAUGCACAGUGCCAUGGAGCAAAAGAGGUAUUGGAUGUGGAGUAGAAGGAAACUGGGUGAGAUGGCUCUCAGCUCCCAGAUCCCUCUAAUCUCCGUAGGCUCCUCCUACAGCAAGUCGUGGGAAGAACAAGCCUUCGCAGAAGACUCAGCAGGCCACUUAGGUGGGUGCAUAUGGCCUCCAAGAUCCUAUUCAUGCAGCUUUUGUAGACGGGAAUUCCGAUCUGCUCAAGCUUUGGGUGGUCACAUGAACGUGCACCGGAGGGAUCGAGCAAGGCUUAAACAAUCUUCGAGCCCUGCCAGUGAACCCCUUGAAAAUAGUCAGCAUCAUCCUCUUACUCCUUGUAUGCCACCGAUAGGCCCCCAAUAUCCACCCCAGGUUGGAUCUCUGGUAUACAGCUCUAACCCUAAACCUAACCCUAAUUGUGGUGUUGGAGAAUCACCUGUCUCUCCUAAGGUUUCAGCAGCUUCCACCCAAGAAAAUUUGAGCGAGCAAACCUUAAAUAUUUCUCCUUCUUAUUCUGCAUGUAUUGUUCGAGGUAACCUGAAGGAAUCCCUCUUCUCUACCAACGGACCCCCCAAAAAUUCAUUAACUGUCGGACUAUUUACUAUCCCAGAAUUAAAGCUUGGACGAGAAAGUUUGAGGUUAAGAGAAUUAGGUUUUCGGGCACGAAGAGAUCCGGAUGAGGAGGAUGAGGCCAUCAGCAGAAAGAAACGGAGGACUGAUCCGACUUCUCCCUUAUCUGUGAAACCAUCUUCAGGUGACCCGCAACAAGUCCAAUCCGAGGUACUGAAAUUUAGCCCCAGACCUGUUGAAGAAUUAGAUCUCGAGCUUAGGCUCGGAGAUCCCCCUGUAGUUAAGUAAAAUUGCAUAUCCCUUGUGCUUAAAUGAACAAACUUCUUCCCUUUAUAUUCAUCCGAAUCGUCUCCUCCUCAGUUUUAAUCUUCAUCUUCCUCUGUUUCCUCUUAGUAAAAGGCCCUUUUCUGUCCUCAGAUGGAAUGCUUGAAUUUUCAAGUUUUUAUUUGCUCAAAAAUUGUAACCAUAUUGAUGUGUCAAACAUUGGAAUGAAAUUUUACUUUCUACAAAAAAAAAAAAGUUGCAUGCA